CAAGGACUGAAAACAGAGCUUCCCCUCUUCGAGUUCCCAAAAGUAAGACGUGUGUAUUUGAGUGAUCUGCCCAAACUUUGUAGAUUCUAUCCAGGAAUGCAUGUUUCCAAGUGGCCGUCACUCACAUAUCUGUACAUGUGCGGAUGUAAUAGAGUGAAGAUGUUUGCCGCAGAACUUCCAAAUUUUAAGGGUCACCCUCUAAUUGAACAAUCUCUCUUUCUAAUUGAAAAGGAUUCAUUUCCCAACUUGGAAUUAUUAGACGCGGACUUGUCUGACAUAUGGUACGGUCCAUCAUCCCCAGCAGAGUUCUUUAGCAGACUAAAAUCUAUUACGUUUGGCUCUCUGUAUGGCUCUCGCGAUUGGACGACACCUUUCUCCAAGCAAGCCACAAUAGAUUUUCUUCAGAAAUUACAGAAGCUUGCUACACUUUGCGUCAGGCGCAAUGAUUUCACGGAACUAUUUGUCAGUCAAGAAAUUAACAGCGGUGAGGAGAUACAUCCAGUUGGGCUCUCAGGUGUAAAAACUUUAGAGAUCUAUUGCAUGGACAAGCUCCUGCAAUUAGGGAACGGGAACUCUCAAACAGCCGGCCCACUUUUCCCAAACUUAGGCACUCUUGAUGUGGGUUAUUGCGAGUUGUUAAAGAGCCUAGAGUCAUCCUCAAUAUCCUUCCGCUAUCUAACAAAUCUGAAAGUACAAAUGUGUCGAAGAUUGGAGUACUUGACAAGUUAUUCCGUAGCUAAGAGCUUAACACAGUUGACAAGACUGGAAGUGGAGUAUUGUUAUGUGCUGAGAGAAAUUAUAGGGGCAAGCAACGAAGAUGAUCAUGAUACAGAAGGGACUUGUGAGAUUGCUUUCAGCCGCUUGCAAUAUGUGAGACUUUGGGAGCUACCAAGUCUGCGAAGCUUUUGUUCGGGAAAUUGCACUGUCAGACUCCCGUCCUCAACAGAGUUAGAUGUCAUGGCCUGCCCGAUUGAGUUGAAGAUUUCUUCUGAAGGGGUCCUGCUCAGUAAUGAAAUACCAAAUUAACAAGAGGAUCUAGAUGAUGAUUAUAAUGAAGGAGAUAAUUGAUUAAUUAUCAUUGAAUUUUAUGAGAGUGUGGAGGAAGGUAUGAAUUCUUUCACAUUUUAUUUAUUUCCAGUAGCUUAAUUUUUUUUAGUGCUGCUAUUCUGUCACUUUUCUCACUCUUGACACUUUAAACAUUUCUGUUGGUAAUCCUAAAUUGAUCUCUGAGAAUAUUUUCAAUGCAUUAUGGGGAUUAUCAUUACUAGCGUACACUACAAAAAAAGUAGGCAGCACCCACAUUUCUUAUUUGUGGACAUUGAUGGAUACAAAUUUACUGACCAUCUUUAUUUACCCAUUAAAAUACUCACCUUCUUAAUCUAUUGACACAUGUCUAUUUUAUUAUCAAGAAUAAAGUUAAAUAAUUUAAACUGUCAAUAAACUAAAAAGAUAAAUAUUUUGAUGGCAAAUAAAAAUAUCAGUAAAUUUGUAUCCGGAAUGUAGUCACAUUUACCCACAUUUUUUCACGGGGAACGCAGUUUGUCACUGUGCAGCAACAUUUAAUGGUAUUGCCACAAAGUCACAAUUCCCUUGUAUCCUUUAGACUUCACAAUGGGCCCA